GAGCUCUUCACCUUGCACCACCAUCACACCACCCUGUGCCAUACCGUAGCUGAGCCAACUUCCAACAUUUUGGAUCUCUCUGCUUGGUAUUCUUCUCGAGGAUGUAAGGAAUCAGUAGGGCAAUUCAAGAAGUUGACCUAGACAAAUCUCGACCGCCGUCUUCCUCGCCGGCACAACGUGCACAGACCACCUGCCCGGUGGUGAAGAGUUCACGGCCGCAUCAUGAAGCAUCCAGGCGGCGUGGCGUGGCUGUCCUAUCAAAUUUGCGACAAGCUUCCGCCGCAUGCAGAACGGCGGGCAAUGACUAGGCGCAGCUUCAUAUCUGCUCUCGCUUCACCUUCAUCUCGAGCUCAGCCCAUGCCCGCUAUCGCUUUCCAAGUCUUGUCUUUCAUUCACUCCUAACGCCUUAUCUGUAUCUUCUUCCCAGCUCUAGCAUCUUUCCUCCUCGAACGCAGUGUAAUCGCAUGGCACGCAGAGACGGCACCGCGAACCAACAGCAGACAAUCAACAGCCUGCAGUCCCCCACGCCACGCCCACGCCCGCGUGCGUACGCCUCCUCGCCGCCUUCGUCUCGCAGACAGAGCCUGCACACCUUGGGUCCUACGGCGAGGCUGCACGUCCAGUGGCUUUUCCGCUCGAAUAUCCCCCACCGCCGCGGCAUGCCCCUGCCCGUCGACGUCAAAAAGCGCAACUUCUUUGGCAUCGGCGACAUCCUUGGUGUCCUCGCGAACCCGUCCGAAACGCUGCGCUCCCUCACAGAAUCCAAGAGAAUGCUCGAAGAGACCCGGAGAGAACUGGCUGAGGCGCGAGAGCGCGCACAGCUCAGUCCGACACACACCUUCUCGGGCCUCCCAGGAUUCUUCGACCGCCCGGCGGAGCUGAAGGCCAUCGAGCGUGCUCUCGAGGGCGAGCCAAGCUUCACGGUACUCUUCGGUGCGAGCAGCGUUGGCAAGACGGCCCUCCUGCGCCAGGUGCUGACACGCCCGACGUACCAUGUGCUGCACUUUGACCUCCGGAUCGCGGGGUUCGCUGACCUGCCAAGUCUCUAUAUGAGCCUCAGUCAACAAAUGGAGGCAUAUUUCAACGCGCUCUCUCAAGACCCAGAGAUGCCUGGCUAUGGCGAAUUCGAAAAGGAGGCGUGGGCAUUCAAGCACGACAGGCUCAAUGUUGAGCGUCGGACAUCCGGCCAAUCCGGCGAGGGGACACCACACUUGACGAUGGCGGAGAUCAAGACGAGCGACAUCGCCCGCCUGAUGGAACUCUUCCAGAGUUCCCUGCUCCGCUACUGGAACUUCCAGCCCGACAUGGAGGCUGUCUGCGCGGCGGAGCGCAAGACAGAGUCGGACACCUCGUCGGUCCGCACGGCGAAGGAACCAACCAAGGGCACCAGACCAUCGUGGCGCAAGCGUCUGUUCGGCAGCCGGCGUGCGCAGGCGGAGGGGGCGGCGCGCAGACAGUCGCAGCAGGGGAGCAUGAACGGCGAUGCGCGGCACGAGGCGAAGGAGAAGGGCAAGGAGCGCGCGCCGCCGGUGAAGAAGGUUCCGGUGUUCUUCAUUGACGAGGCGCACAAGCUGCCGGCUCUCAUUCAUUCGGUGGAUGCGAUGAAGUCGCUUCUCGAUGCGAUGCUGGUGCUCACGAAACAGGAUCGGCUCUGCCAUGUCAUACACGCGACGAGCGAUCCGUUCUACCAGACGUGGCUCCGCCAGCUGAAUGUCAUGCAGCAUUGUAAGAUCAUCACUGUAGGCGACUACGCGAAGGCGGACACGAGGCGUUUCUUCCGCGAGCGAAUCCUGCCGAGCGUCCCGGAGGAGCUCCGUCCAAAGCUCGACUUCGAGCAGCUUUAUGAAGCGUUCGGAGGCAAACUGGCGCACUGGCAAGAUUUCAUCCCAGAUUACGUCAACACCCGUGGAAAGCUGGACAGUACGUUGGGCUCACCCCCUCCUCGCCUAGAUACACGCCAACUCACCGCGCUCACAGUCAAGCAAAGUUCGCACUUCCUCCAAGCGCACGCCCUCCUCAACCUGCACAUCAUUCAUUCUGCCCAGGCACCUCCGUCUGCGACAGGCGCCGCGCCAGCGACGGACGCUACGCCGCCUUCUGAGCACGCACACGAAGGGUCGCAAACCGCGCAGCAGCGCGUCCCGCCCUCUCCCGGUUCCAACUCCGGCUUCCGUAUCUAUUCACCGCUGAACCGCAACCCUCAUGCAGCACCAGCAAGCUUCGGUCCUAUGGGUGUAGAUGGGGGAGACGCACCAGAGUUCCACGCAGACUUCACGGCUAUUCAGCUGCUCAAGGUCAUGAACCGCCUGGCCCAGCCCGGUGCACGUUCACUACCGUACUUCCUCCUCUGCCGCGAGCUAGGAGCGCGUGCGGUGGAUGGCAUGGUACGCGGUCGGAUCUUGGACUUGCGGUGGACGGAGCCCAUCACCAAAGAGGGCGUGGACUCGCGGACGCUGAGUGUGAGGCUGCGCGACAGCACUCGGAUGCGGGACAGCGUGCGCGUGCCGGGGCGCGAGAGCCGCGUGCAGUUUGCCGCGGGGAGCAGCAUGACGGCGGUGAACGACUACAACGAGAUGGGCACGGAGGAGGGCGAGAUGGUGCCGAUGUCGGAGGAGGAGAUACUGCGUGCGCACGAGCAGAUGAUGGGCCAGCCGCCGCCUGAGGAAUACGAGGAGGACGUAGUUGGACCUAAGCUCGUGCCGAUUACGCCCAUCAUGCGUUAUGCCAUGCGCGAGGUGGUUCAGGAGUACUAUGAUGAUGAUGACCAGACGACUUCGGAGUACGCGUCGCUGUCUGAAAUCCAAGAGUACUGAGCUCGACGACGGCUGCCCGUGUGUAUCGUAAUUUUAUUCUGCUGGUCCCGGUGGGUGCUGGCCCGUCCGCCCUGU